AUGACGAGCGGGGUCCCACAGGGCUCUGUCCUUGGUCCCGUACUUUUCAAUAUUUUCAUCAACGACUUACUAUCUACUCUUCAGACGGAUUGCCUAACCUACGCUGACGACCUAAAGCUAUGGAUGGAAGUAUCCAAUCUUGAAGACGCCGACCGAUUACAAACUACGCUCGAUCUACUUCAUGACUGGUCGAUUAAGUGGCAGUUGCCCGUAGAUCGUGAUAAAUGCUCUGUUCACCCCGUUGGCUCAUCAAGCCCAUUUGGAACUUACCAUAUUGGUGGUUCCUUGCUCAGAAGCGCGACCCAAGAGAGGGAUCUUGGAGUGAUAGUGUCAUCAGACCUCAAAUCUAUUCAAGACACCCAGAAGAGGCUCGCCGCGGCCUACAGGAUGUUCCAUUCUAUACGUAGAGGGAUUUCUCUCCUGACCCCGGGACUUUUCCGACUCCUGUUUGGCUCGCAUGUACGCCCGAUUCUCGAAUACGGACUACCCGCUGUCUACCCUCUCACCAAAUCCGGAUGUGAUAUGAUAGAGAAGGUUCAACGGCGUGGAUCCAAAUCCGUCCCUGAUUUGCGAGACCUGUCGUAUCCACAUCGACUUCAACGACUGAACUUGUUCUCUCUAGGUUACCGCCGUCGCCGAGGAGAUUUGAAUUUCACCCGACGUAUUCUCAGAGGAGAACUGGGUUGCAAGUUACAGGACUUCUUUCAACUUAACACUGAGAAUUCGACACGAGGCCACCGCAUGAAACUUUUCAAACCGAGGAAUCUCCGUGUGCGACUCAAGUUGGCCUUAUCAACUCGCGUAGUGAAUGAUUGGAACCGGUUGCCGGAUCCUGUUGUUGAUGCUGAGACAGAGGAAGGUUUCAAACAACUGUUAAAUUCUCACCUGAGCGCGCUGGAAUUCUCCUGCUUCUAA